AUGAUGGGAGGAGGCAGGGGCAAAUAUGCUUAUUCUCCCCGCCUUGCUCUACAGCAAUCGUCAAAGCAAUUCAAUGCAUUGGACGGCAAGUUGCCCCGCCCACCCAAAAAUUCCCCCUUCAUGGGUCCAAACCCGAGCCACACGGCAUGGUGGGUUGGGUGGCCACGCCCACGAGUAUCAUUUAACAAAUGGUUACUGAAAUCGUCAAGCCGUGUGUCCUCCGUUGUCAGCUCUCCCCAUUUAAAGCAUGUGGAAAGUCGCAAACCAGUGGCAGCGAAACUCCCCUCCCCGCUUGCCCCUGAAAAGCGAUUUCGUGACGAUUGUUUGAAGCGAGAUGGCUACUUAUGUCUUGUCACAAAACUUAUGGAUGGUAACCAUUGGGAGACAAUGGGAUCCCCUAACGAGCAGCCAACGGCACCAGUCGAGGUCGCACACAUCAUACCAUUUUCAUAUGCCAAUUUUUCAGCCAAGGAGGAGGAAACUAAUACGUACCGCAUCAAAACAUACCCCAGCUUUGAUCCAAUAAUGCGGCGAAAUCUUCCAAAAGAUCGAAUCACAGUAGAUAUUCUAAAAGUGAAUGCUAGCUAUCAAGAUCUUAUAUUUAAGAAUAAUUGGUGUGUGGCGGGCGGCUCCUCGGUGACUUGGCACAGCAUUGGAACGGCCCGAGGAAUCCUUAUGGCGAAGCUGGAGAGUCACGAUGUCAGCUUAAUUUCACAAAUUCCUUCUGAUGCCUCAAUUACACAUGGUCUCAGCCCGCUCUUGGCCAAUUUUUCUCAGGACCAUGUGCUUCCGGGUGAAAAGCUCCCAGCGGAGAGUCUCUCCGCAAUUAUUCAAAGGCUUAAUCGAGCAAUAGUCAACAGAUGGCCGAAGAUGAUUCGUUCGUUUCUUAUCUCCGACUAUAAGUUGGUUAUGACGCACGGCGACCUUCAUCCUCGCAAUGUCAUGGUGCUCAAGCCCAAUGUAUCCCCAUCAGAUGUUCCUGCAGAUUGGGUUGAGGUGACAGGCUUACUCGAUUGGGAAAUGUGCGGUUACUAUCCAGAGUAUUGGGAAUAUGUGAAAGCCCUCCAUACAAUUCGCCCGGGAGGUAGCUUUGAUGACUGGUGGGCCUACCUACCAGUUUCAAUCGUAUGUGUGGCCCAAGGAGUAUGCUGUCGGCCAAUUGAUAAGCCGUUGGAGGGGCUAGAAAUGACAAUUGGAACAACCAAGGAGGCCGUAUCACUUAUCUGGAACAAGAACCAGGCAAUAAAAGUCAAUGGACAUAUCUACAAAAGAAGCUCUACUAUCCCAGCAUGUUGA